GGAAACACCUCGAUCGAAUCAAAACUUUAUUUCUCCACUUUUCAAAAUCAUAAAUGAUGGAAUUUGUAUGAAGUAAAGAACCUACAUUUUUGGCGUUUCAAAACCUUGAAUCAAAUCUGCAUUGAGAAAAAUGGAUUAUCUGUCUCAUCGACUUGAUCCAAACGAAAUGAAGGCAGGAGAUCACAUCUACACUUGGAGGACUGCCUACAGUUACGCUCAUCAUGGUAUUUAUGUCGGUGAAAACAAGGUUGUUCACUUCACCGCUCCAGAAAACGACAAGUCUGGUCUUGGUUGGAACAUGCCUUCUUCAUACUCAUAUCUUUCAGCUUCAUGUUUGACAUCUCUUGGCCCUGAAUUUCCACACCCUAAAAAUGGAGAAAAUGAUAGUUCUAGUUUGAAUUUGAGCUCGUGUUCUCGCUGCUUAUCUUUAACAGAUCAGAAUCUUCAAGCUUCAUGUUUGAACUUUCCCGAUUGUGGAUUCAAGCUGGCCGACAGUGGAGUGGUCAUCUCUUGUUUGAACUGUUUCACUGGAACUGGAAACUUGUACCGGUAUCGAUAUGGAGUGAAAAAAGUUGAGUAUUUUUCCAAAAUCCGUGGUGGGACAUGCACCAUUGCACAAUCGGAUCCACCUCAUGAAGUGAUUCAUAGAGCGAUGUAUUUGUUGCAAAAUAAUAUAUUUGGGGGUUAUCAUGUAGUCAGGAACAACUGCGAGGAUUUUGCGUUAUAUUGCAAGACAGGUCGUUUGAUUGGUGGCAGGCCCACUACCGGAAGCAGUGGUCAGGUGAAUAUGGUCUCAAAUGCACCAUGGAAGUCCAUUAUUACUUCAGUUCUUCCAAAAUUUGUGUGCAACAGCUCUAUGGGUGUAGUCACAGUGGUUGCUGGCACUGGGUUGUAUUAUUAUAACCGAUAUAAAACCGACAUUGGUGUUCGAGAUGAUGUGGUCAAGGUUGAGGUGGAAGAUAUGCCAUUGUUUCGUGCUGAAAUCUGUCAAGCUGUCAAUUGUGGGUGAUGAAAAUGUAACCAACACGUCUUGUAAGGACUCGGAUAUUGUUGCAAAAGCUGCAAUUUGAGGCAGAUAAUAUCCCUAGUUUGUUUGAUUGAUUGCACAUUUGUUGUUGUUUUUAUCUUUCACAUUACCAUUUAGUAUGAAACUCGACCCGUACUUAUGUUUGAGAGUAAGCUGUGAAAGUUUAGAUGGAGAAUUGAUGGUAUUCCAUGGAUUAUAUAAUGUAUGUACAUGUAAUAUAUAUCCGUCAUUUGCCUA